AUUUCGUAAGGCCCGUACAGACUCACUCACACUCACUCUCACUAUCCAUGGACGGUGGAGUGCACGUGUGUUAGUGUACCAUUGGCAUAGGUGGUUGGUGUACCUGAACCGACUUUGAAGCUGACGUCUUCGAAAUCAAGGACUGCUUGGGAGCCAUAUUGAAAGGAAACGGCUCCGGACACUGAGUUGGCCUCAAGAUGAGCUUGCAUGGGAUGCUUUCGUGGUUGGUGGUUAAGUGCCCCUGGAUCCCGGUGCUGUUUUUAAUCCCGUGUUGCAUUAUCUACGACACGAUUGCCUUCAUUCGGUUCCGUUGGGCUAGUAUUUUCCAUUCCAGAGAUACUCGACGACAUGAGGAAAGAGUUCAGCAUGUCCAAGAGCAAGUGCGAGAAUGGAAGAAAUCCGGAUCCACGGCCACCAUGUGCACGGCUCGUCCGGGAUAUCAAUCCAUCACACUCCAAACCCUCAAGUACAAGAAGAGUUGUCAGAAGAUCGAGAUCAAUAUGCCGGAUAUCAUUUCCAUCGACACGGAGAAGAAGACAGUGCGUGUGGAACCCAUGGUGACCAUUGGACAAUUGAACGAUUACUUGAUCGGUCGGGGAUGGACUUUGCCUGUGGUGCCGGAAUUGGACGACUUGACCAUUGGAGGGUUGGUCAUGGGAGGUGGGAUUGAGUCUACUUCCCAUAAGUAUGGUCUGUUCCAAUACAUCUGUCGGAUGUACGAGAUGGUGCUGGCUGAUGGAUCUGUGGUCCAGUGUUCAAGGGAUCAUAUGACCGAUUUGUGGGUGGCUAUCCCAUUCUCUUAUGGGACCUUAGGUUUCCUCACAGCUGUAGACUUGGACAUUAUUCCGUUCAAGAAGUACAUCAAGCUGACAUAUAUUCCCGUCGAAGGCUUGGAUAAUGUGGUCGAGGUCUUGGAAAAGGAAACCAGGGACCCCGCCAAUGACUCGGUUGAAGGCAUCUUGUACUCUUUGAACGAGGCUGUUAUUAUGACUGGAGUGUUCACAGACGAGUGCGAGAACUGGAGAUUGAACAAGAUCGGUCGUUGGUUCAAGCCCUUGUUCCAUGCUCAUGUCAAGCAGUUCCUAAAACCCGAAGAUACUAUCCCAAAAGUUGAAUACAUCCCAACCCUUCACUUCUUCCACCGUCACGAUAAAUCUUGUUUCUGGUUGGUGGACUACAUUGUUCCUUUCAUCAAUCACUGGAUCUUCCGAUGGUUCUUUGGCUGGACCAUGCCACCCAAACAUGCCAUGAUCAAAAUCCUCAAGGAAAAAUUUGUCCCUCCAAAUAUGCUCAAUCAGUUUGUGUGCCAAGACUUGGCGGUCCAAUUCAAGCAUCUCAAGGGCUUGGCAGAACUCAGCGAUGAAAUGACCAAGGUUUAUCCAAUUUGGCUUUGUCCCUGCAAUCAUCUUCUCACUCCAGAACAAGAGAAGUUCAGCAUGUUCAAGUGGAACGACCUAAAUGUUGACUUUGGAGUCUACGGGUUUACGGGCGUGAAGAGCUAUCAUCCCGUCGAAGGCCAAAAGCGAUUCGAAAAGUACAUGAUUGACAAUGAAGGCUUCCCGGCCUUGUACGCUGAAACGCAAUUCACGGAAGAAGAAUUCCGACAAAUGGUCAAUCUAGAUACGUAUGAACGACUUCGGCGAGAGCUCAAUUGUGAAGGCGCAUUCCCUCAUCUUUACGAGAAAGUUAGCAAACUUGGUCGCACUUCUAUUUAAAGCUAAAUCCGCCCAACCAUGCUCAUUUCGACGUCAAUAAAGUCACUCGUAAGAGAAA